AUGGGGGUGCAAAACCUACAAAAUUUCCUUGAAGCAGAACACGUGGAAGGAGGUGCCGUAUCAGUUGAACUUUUAAAGAUUGCUCGUAGUUUUUCUCGCCCUAAUAAACAAAAUAGAAAUAAGCCAAAUAGUAAGAAGUUGUUUUUAGUUUUGGAUGCUGAAUGCUGUUUAGAUAGGCUGUACGGUGGAUACUUUUCAGACUGGACAUGUGGUGGACAGUGGAAUCGAAUGUUUCAGUAUCUUUCUCAUUUGAUUGUUUCAUGUCAAAAGGGAAAUAUUGAAUUGACUGUCGCUUUUAAUGGAGCUCUUGAACCUCAAAGACUUAAUGAAUGGACUCAAAAACAGCUUAAAAAUAAAGUUAAAGCUAAUUUAGUUUUGAGACAUAUUCAGAACAAAGGAACUCCUCCUCCAAAAGUUUGGUGGAUUCCACCUGUCGGUUUGGUCACUGCCUUGCGAAUGGUUCUUAGAUAUUGCAAUGUGCCAGUGAUUUGUUCAAUGGAUGAUCAUCAUCAAGAAGUUCUUGCUUACUGCCGGGAAAAUAAUUUACACGGUAUCGUAGGAGACGAUGCCGAAUAUAUUGUUUUCGAUCCUCCGAGAUAUUUUAGCGCCGCAAAUCUAAAAUUAACACUUAAGGGAUUAAUCGAAACUAAAGAGUUCCUCAUUUCACAGUUAGCCAAAGGACUCGAGCUAACAUCAGAAAAAUUAUGUAUUCUUGCAGCUUUACUUGGAAAUUAUUUAUUAUCAGAAGAACAGUUAUCACAGUUUCACAAAAAAAUUGGAGUUUCUCCAAGCAAGAAUCCAUUGGACCAAACCAUUCGGAAAGUUGCGGCGUACGUAAAGACAUUGGAAAAUACGGAAAAUUUGGAAGCCCUCGCCGUAGAAAUAUUUGGUCCGGGCAAUAGUAACGUUCAAAAAAGAAGGCAAGCUUUUGUCGAAAGUGUUCAGUAUUAUCUUAACGGUACCAAAGACGGUUUUCUUAAAUACAGACCGAGAAAAAACGUAAAAAACAAAAUGCAAAUGCAGAAAAUUGAUGAGAAGAAAAAGAUACCGGGUAGCGAACAAGGGGAUGAUAAUGAUGAAGUCGAUAGUUCAAAAUUUGCCUCGGAAACGGUGGAAAGCGAGGCGGGAAGCGUUGCGGCCUACAAACGAGCAACGGCAUUAGCUCAACCUGUUAAAUUUAACUCGGUCAUGGCCGAACCCGAAAUGGAUAAAACGAAAAACGAAACGGAUAGAAAAAAGGGUUUCGAGUCGGAGGAAACUUUUUUGAAUGGAAACAAUGGUACUGCUGCCUCAUCACCUCCAAAGUCGAGUACGAAUAUCAUCAAUUCCAAUGUUCUUAAACAAGCUAAAAUUCCGCCUGUUCCUCCGGAAGUCCUCAGAACUGCAUGUGAAAGGCAUCAAAAAGGACUCAUGUCUCCUCUCAUAUAUCAAAUUUUGACUCAGGGUGAAAUCAAACUUCCCGUUCUAAUCGAAGAAGACACGAGUCGGGAAUGGCAAAGUAUACAUUCUGUUUAUAAGCCCAUAAGGCAAAACGUUUACGCGAUAUUAUUUAAUUUGCACCAUAGAAUGUUUUUGGCAAAUAAGGAUAACAAAGAAAACGGAAAUAAUGAUCAGGCCGCUAAUAACUCACCAGAAAUAUUAAUUAGAGAAUGGGUUUGCACGGCUGUAAAUCAAUACACGGAACCUGAUAUAGUUAAAGCCGAACCUGUAGGUUGGGCCGUACCUACCGUUCAAAGGCUUUGGUUUGCGGGAACGGUCGACGAAAUGAGAAGAAAAUUAAGAGCGUUUUUGACUUGUAUGAAAUCGGAUCGGACUUUUAUGGUUUGUCCUUCCUACGUUCCGCAGCAUUUAAUAAUAAUGGCGUGCGUUCUCAGAUACCUGAUUCAAGUGAAACCUCCGAUUUUGAGACGUCAAGAACUCGAUGCUUUUAUAGUUACCGCUUUUUCUCCGGAUCUAAUGAAUGCCGAAUUCACUCAGGACCUUCAAUUGCAACUCGUUUCCAGUCGAGCCGUUCAAUUGGCUUCGUUAUUCAUGCAAGGCGUCGAAAUGGCUCUGUUGGUUAACGAUGCAUGCGGAGCUCCCAUCCCUUGGCUUCUAUGCUGCCCCUGGUUGUAUUUCGACGGAAAACUAUUUCAUAAUAUUCUAGCCAAAACGGACCUCGUGAAAUCUCUUCAUGAAUUGUGUAAUCAUAGUUUAGAUAUGCAAGUGAAAGUCGAGAGAAUGCGUUAUGCUAUUUUGGAGAAUCUUAACGUUCAGUAUGCCCGGAGGAGAAUCCCUGCCAUGCCUGGAGUUCAAUAUCCUACCGUGUCGAAUAUUCCUCCGGCCGGAUUGCAUCCGGCUGAUUUAGACGUGUCCAGGAGAUUGAAUCCGAGAGGUCCUCCAAGGAGACCGAUACCAUCGAGGGGCGGUCAAUUAGAGGUUGCCGGAAUCGUCGUCGGAAAUUGGGGCCCGAAUUAUUCGCUGAGCCGGCCUAGAAUGCCUACGUCACAAGUUCCGGUUUUAGAAGAAAUGAGGCGGUUCAACAGAGGAAAUUAUCAUUCUGAUAAAUUAGUUUUUGCAAACUAUUGUCCCACGGGAGUUCCCGUCAAAGGACUUUACAAAAAGAGACUCGGACCUGGAAUAAAAAAAAAUAAAAAUAAAAAAUUGGAAAAAAAGAAGGAGACGACGAGAGGGAGAAGCGGAGCAGACGAAAAUACGAAUAUAGAGAAAAUGGGGGAUACAUUGGGAACGUCGAGCUCGGAAGAAGCUGUCGAACAAUUUGAAGAUGCAUCCACGAACGAGAUUGAAAAUAAAGUUGCGGCCGUUUCAUUGGAAAGGGGUCAAGGGGAUCACGCGGUCGACUAA